AUGUCUUCGGACGAUGAACUUCUAGACAUUCAAGUGCGAGAAUGGGAGCUUGGACCAAACAAUACAGUGUUUGACAAUCUCAAGGCAGCACCAUCAGAUGAAAUUCUUCACAUUCAGUGGAUGUUGUACAUUACACUUCUCGCAAUCGCAGCAGUGUUCAUGGCCUCUGUCUUUUGUGCCAUUUUGCUGGACAAGAAGUGCCGACGCAACUCCUUCAACACGUACUUGCUGUACCUAACAGCUCCCGAUCUGGCCUUUACAGCAUCGUGCAUAAUCACGUGCAGCCUGAACGUGUCGACGGGUGCCUUCUAUUCGGACGCAUCCUGCACGUACCAAUCCUUCUAUUGCGUUUUUGCCAUUGCUUCAAGUUCAUGGCUGAACGCAAUAUUGGCAUGGCAACUACACAAGAUGCUCUACUGCUCGAACAGAGCGAUCCGAUAUCAUCCGCCUACAAGGUUCAGGGUGUCCGUUCAGUCUCUCAGCGUCUACGCUUGGUCAGGAUUUGUGGCGUCGUGGGCUGCUUGGGGAGCUGAUUGGUGGCCAAUACGAAAUGGACUCUACAGCGGAGUCCUCUGCCUUCCAAUGCCCUAUGAUCAGACAAGUGUGAUCUUUUUCUACUCGGUUUUUGCCCCUUGCGUCUUUGUCAUUCCGCUACUUUAUAUCAGCUACAUUACUUUUGAUACGUUGCGCCAUCGGUUGCUUCCGCCACUGAAGCAACGAAAGACUCUAAUGAUCUUCUUCCGACUGGUUCUCAUUUACUUCGUGUUUUGGUUGCCAGCCAUUCUCAUCACAUUUGUGGGCAGCAAUUGGCUUUCUUCUUGGUGGGGAUUCACUGGAGGUGCUUGGGCCCAUCUCCAGGGUGCCGCCUCGGCUGCCGUGUGCUUGGUGAAACCAGAUGUUUGGGAUGCAUGUAGACGAUUGAUUUCAUUUAAGGGAGACACACCAGAUACGACUGCACCGGAAAAUACUGGAAAGCUUGGUAGCCUGGAUAACUUCAGAUCCGACAGCUUUCUUGGAAUCCAUGAAGGAGAUGAUGAUGAUGAAGAAGAAGAAGAAGCAAGAACGGAGCAAUUCAGUAGUGCAGUGAGUGCUAGAGAAGUAAACAAUGCAACUGUGGAUUCAGUAACAAAGGCAUUCGAACUAGUGGAGGAAGGAAACUCGUAG